AUGAACUACCCUUUGCAUCAGGGCUCCUGGGGCCCAAUGCAGCAACAAAACACAUAUUCGCGCCAGGACCAUAUUCAAGCACCACAAGCAGUUCCCAUGAGGUCACGCUACGAUGGAUACAUUCUCCGAGUGAUACAAAACCCCAAACAUGGCAGGGUUGGCAUUGGCAAGGAAAAAGAUAGAAAACCUCUUGACCCUCCGCCGUUUGUACAGCUUGAUGUACUGGAUCGUCCUGACCAUACGAUGCAUUUGCAAAGUCCAUACCUCCUAGUCUAUGCCUACCUCGAGCCAGCUUCGAGUACCGCAAUUUCGGCCGAGGAAAGGAAGAAGGUCGGAUCACACCUUAUGGGAACUACUGCCUCGUCUCUACACCGUCUGAAAGACAUGAAGAACUUGGAUGUUGCUGCCUUCGUUUUCCCCGACCUGACUGUGAAAGCAGAGGGCCAAUACGUCAUUAGAUUCGUCCUGAUGAACCUGGAGGAAGAUGCGGGAAUCUCAGGAGAAUGGGUCACAAUCUGCGAAACCGUAUCCGAACCGUUUACAGUACACAGCGCGCGAACUUUCCCCGGCAUGGCCGAGUCAACGCCUUUGACCAGAAUGUUUGCCGACCAGGGGGUCAGAGUUAGACUGCGCAAAGACUCCCGGCAGUUGACGACAAAGAAGCAGAAUAACAAUCUCGCGGAAAAAAUCGGAACAAAACGAGGCCGGAACGUCCAUGACCAUGCAGAGAUGGAGCCUCAUCGCGGUUCGGUGGCCAGCCCGGACAGGUCCUACUUCGACACCCAACAGCAAUAUGGCGAUGUACAAGAUGGGAAGAGACAACGCACCGCUUCUGGAGCCAACAAUGCCUACCAGAUGCGGCCUAGCAUAUCUACCGCGAUGCCAUACUCAACAUACCCAGGGCUGACGUCAACGCCAGCUCAUCAUGCUUCGUUCAUGACUGCUCCUCAGUCCCAGCAAGCUCUUUACGCACCGAGCUACCCGCGCGAGUUCAGUGCUGGCAUUGGUAUGGGACUUCCACGCGGUGGAUCUACGCGGCUCGACACUCAGGUUGCACCAUAUCAAGGUGACAUGUUUGCCUCUCCAUCCGGCCACCAUUCGCCUGGGAACCCAUAUGCAUACGGAAACACGACAGCAGACGCAUCCCCAUCUCUGCAACAUACCCCGUCACAUUCCCAUGUUUCCUACUUUCAAGGCGACCAACAGCUUCCAGCGUUGAACCAAGCUCUCAAUUCGGGAGCAACACACGUCAACACCUCUCCUCAAGCACAUUCGCAAUCUAUCCAUACCCCAGUAUCAAGUACGGGGUCCCCCAUCGAGCAAGUCUAUACCCAUGCAGCGUCACAGUAUCCAGGUGGGUACGUGACGCAGGCAAAUGGGUCGUAUGAUCACGGAACGCUACGAGCCAAUGGAAUUAGCACUCCCGUGACAGGCGAUAUGCCCUCCGACUCAAUGCAGGGCCAGUUUGUACCAAGCCACCUGAUCGCUGUUGACAGCGUAGGUUUUCCUAAAGCUAAUCCGGGGGCUUAA